CGGUUGUCGCUCAGUAACGUUCGGAUAACGGUAAAUGCCGCAACGGUCGUCGGACAACGUUCAAUCGUUCGCUCGUCGCGCGUGUCGUUCGGUGAUUAAUACUUUCGCACUUACGCCGUUUUCAUUUUCGUUUUUUUUGCUCGUCCGAUGCUGCCGUAGCCGUCAUAAUAAUACUUGUACACUUGUCGCAGAGAGUAUUUUUUUUUUUCCCCGGUCAAUCGGCUCGGCCACCGCUGAGGCUAUCGUCGGCUAGUAUACUCGUCGCGGGUUCGCGUCGUCUCACCUCGCGCAGUUUUCUCUGCACACAAGCGGAAGGGCACCACCAACCGCGUACAACGAUCAACGUCCACAACGCGGAGCAAGACCACCCGCACCACCCGCAGCACCGGCAACAACACGACCGGCCGGAAUAGCACCCACCGGCGGGAAAACCACCACGCACGAUGUGACCGCCGUUCGGGGGGCGGACGGCCACCAUGGACCCGCAGAUGUGGUGGUACGACACGGGAUUUGUACCAGGUGGUGCGCAGAUAGCUGCAGUUGUCGGUAACAGCACGUGCGGCGGAGGCGUCGGCGGCGGUGUCGGUGUCGACGGUGACGGCGGCGGCGGCAACAACAAUAGCAGCGGCGGCGUCGGCGCAGUAGCGGCCGGUGCAGUCGGUUGCGCAAUCGGACCGGACAACAAGACGGCGCACACGGUGGCCGGAGACGGGACGGCCGCAAUCGGCGGCGGUGGCGGCGACCUCGUCGGCGGCGGCGGGACGGCGGAAGAUGUGGCCGCGGCCGUGGGCCCGGUGCUCGUCAUCAAGACGGUGGCCAUGUGCUCGAUAAUAUUGUGCGCGGUGCUGGGAAACGCUCUGGUGGUGAUCAGCGUGGUGCGGCACCGGAAGCUCCGCAUACUCACCAACUACUACGUCGUGUCGCUGGCGUUCGCCGACUUCCUGGUGGCGCUGUGCGCCAUGUCGUUCAACGCCAGCGUCGAGAUCACCGGAAAGUGGAUGUUCGGAUACGUCAUGUGCGACGUUUGGAACAGCCUGGACGUGUACUUCUCCACCGCGUCCAUACUCCACCUAUGCUGUAUAAGCGUGGACCGGUACUACGCCAUCGUCAGCCCGCUGCAGUACCCGAUCACCAUGACGCAGCGUACCGUCCUGUAUAUGCUGCUCAACGUGUGGACGCUACCGGCGCUCAUAUCGUUCCUUCCGAUAUUCUUCGGUUGGUACACGACCGCCGAGCACCAGGCGUUCCGCCGCAAGAACCCCAUGUCGUGCGUUUUCGUCGUCAACCGGUACUACGCGAUCAUAUCGUCGUCUGUCUCGUUUUGGAUACCCGGCGUCGUCAUGAUCGUCAUGUACUACAGGAUUUACAAAGAAGCCGUUCGACAACGACAAGCCCUGUCCCGCACGUCCAGUAAUAUAAUUCUGAACAGCAUACAUCAACACAGGGUUCAACACUACAGUCAUAGAUUACGGCCUCCAGACAGCGAAAACAUGUCAAAUGGAAACGUUACGACGGCGAAGACCAGUACGAGUUGGAGGACCGAGCACAAAGCUGCUCGCACGCUGGGAAUCAUCAUGGGCGUAUUCCUAUUGUGCUGGUUGCCAUUUUUCCUUUGGUAUGUGAUAUCGACUUUAUGCGGAGAUCCAUGUAGCUUCCCGGAAACACUUGUGACCGUGUUGUUUUGGAUUGGUUAUUUCAAUUCAUCACUGAACCCUUUGAUAUAUGCCUACUUUAAUAGAGACUUCAGGGAAGCAUUCAAAAAUACGCUUCAAUGUGUGUUCCCGUGUUGUCAGUCAUGCUGUCCAAAAGAAAGCGACUCGACAGCCAUGAGCUAUGUUUAAAAUGUCAGCAAUAAUAAUAAUAAUAAUAAUAAUAAUUUAUUAUUAUUACUAUUAUAAUUACAAUUAUAAAAAUAAUAGUUAUAAAAAUAUUAUUACAUUAAGCAUUUUUGUUUAAAUGGAGUUACUCUACAUAAGUCGAGCAUUUUUAGAUGAAAAAUAUUUGCGUUGUACGAUUUUUAUUGUUCAAUGGUAAGCUAAUAUGACUUAGCUGUUAAUAUAAAUCAUUAAAAUGUUGUUGUACCUAUAAAAAAAAAUUAAUAAUAAUACAUUUAUAUAAUAUGCAUUAAAGAAACCGUAUUCCUGCUGUGAAUAUAAUAAUGUACAUCAUAAUUUUAUUGUUUUAUAAUAAUAAGUUGAUUUUGCGGGUAACUACCAUCUAGAUUACUAUUGUAUAAAUACGUAACUACUAUAUAAUACCGUUUGUACUAAACACGAUACGAAACAAUACUCAAUCUUAAACGUUUUUAUUUAUCCAUAUGUGUUUUUUUUUCAAAGAAAAUUAAUUUUGAUGAAUGUUGUAAUGAGUAAUUUCGAUGCGUAGACUAAAUUAUAUGAUUAUAUCAAGUAUAAAAUGUACAUUUAUAUACCACACGUCAUUAUAUAUUUAUAAUAAUAUAUAACAUAAUAUACAUACAUA